AUGCCUGGUGUAGGAGUCAAGGACAUUGACGUCAGGGAAAACUCCCCAUUCCAGGUUCGUCUCUAUCCAGCGGGCUGGGUUGACACUGUCAAGACGAGCCACUCCAAUGAGCUCCCUCCCCAGGACAUCGACUGGUUCUACGUCCGUGCCGCUGCCGUCGCCCGUCACGUCUACAUGCGCAAGACUGUCGGUGUAGGCCGCCUCCGCAAGGUCCACGGAUCCACCAAGAACCGCGGCUCGCGCCCUUCCCACCACGUUGACGCCUCCGGCUCCGUCGACCGCAAGGUCAUGCAGGCUCUCGAGAAGAUUGGUGUCCUUGAGCAGGACGAGGACAAGGGUGGCCGCCGCAUCACACAAUCCGGCCAGCGUGACUUGGACCGUAUUGCCCAGACCACCCUCGAGGCUGAAGAGGAGGAGGAUGACGAGUAA